ACACAGCAACGCCAACAACAACACGCACCAAGAAACCGGAACGAAGAAAGAAAACGUAAAGCCGCCUCCCUUCGCCGAUCUGUCGUCCUCUUUUCCAUCUCCAGGCUGCUGCUUCUUCCCCGUCUACCAUCUCCUACCACAAACCCUAACCCCAAAUCCCCUCGAAACCCUCCAAGAAUUCCAUCACGGGAGGUCAUGCAGUCCUGGGGGUUGGGGUGGAAGCGCCCCUCCGAGAUCUUCCACCUCUCCCUUGACUACGGCGAGCCCGGUGCCAAUGCCGACGACGACGACUUCCCCUCCUCCUCCUCCUCUCCUCCCCCUCCUCCCCUUCCACCCCCGCCGCCGCCGCCGCCGCCACCUCAGCCGCCAUCGCCCCGGCGCCCUUCCUCCGGGGUGCUGGGGUUCCGGAUUGACCUUGACUGGACCGCUGGCGACGACGAGGAGCAGAUCGCUCUCCGCCUCCAGUCCCAGCUUAUGGUCGCGCUUCCCCCGCCGCAGGACGCCGUGGUGCUGGAUCUGCGUGGGGACGAGGAGCGCGGCUGCGUCGAGGUGGAGAUGAAGGUACUCAAGCGGCGGGAGCCCUUGAGAUCGGUGCGGAUGUCCAAGGCGGCUGGGUCCGGACAGCAGACCGACGGGCUCGGGGUCUUGACGCGGUUGAUCCGGUCCAAUUUAGCACCGUCCGGGCCGGCGAAUGGCGUCCAGGGGUUGGCCGAUCACUGGAAGAAUGUGACGGUGUUGAGCCUGUGCGGCUGUGGCUUGUCUGUUUUUCCAGUGGAACUAACAAAGCUACCACUUCUGGAGAAGCUAUAUCUUGACAACAAUAAGUUAUUACUUUUGCCACCAGAGCUUGGUGAAUUGAGAAGCAUGAAGGUGCUAAGAGUCGACAACAAUAUGCUUAGUUCUGUUCCUGUUGAGUUGCGGCAAUGUGUUAUGCUGGUUGAACUGUCAUUGGAACAUAAUAAACUUGUCAGACCACUUCUGGAUUUCAGGGCUAUGGCUGAACUUCGUGUUCUAAGACUGUUCGGUAAUCCUCUCGAGUUUCUUCCAGAAAUUUUACCAUUGCACAAUCUUCGACAUUUGUCACUUGCUAAUAUUAGAAUUGAGGCCACUGAAAAUCUGAAAUCAGUGAAUGUGCACAUAGAGACAGAAAACAGCUCCUAUUUUAUUGCAUCAAGGCACAAGCUCAGUGCCUUUUUCUCUCUUAUUUUCCGGUUCUCUUCAUGUCAUCAUCCACUGUUGGCAUCUGCAUUAGCCAAAAUCAUGCAAGAUCAUAGCAAUCGUGUGGCUAUUAGUAAAGAAGAGAAUGCUAUACGACAGCUGAUAAGUAUGAUAAGCAGUGAUGACCGUCAUGUGGUUGAACAAGCAUGCUUUGCUCUCUCAUCAUUGGCAGCAGAUGUUUCUUUGGCAAUGCAGUUGAUUAAGUCUGACAUUAUGCAACCCAUCGAAUCACUUUUGAGGUCAGUGGAUCAAGAAGAACUGAUCUCUGUAUUGCAAGUUCUGGUCACAUUAGCAUUUGCAUCUGAUAGCGUUGCUCAAAAGAUGCUGACCAAGGAUGUCCUCAAGUCUCUUAAAGCACUUUGUGCAAAUAAAAACACAGAGGUGCAGUGUCUGUCAAUACUGGCUGUUGGCAAUUUAGCUUUCUGUUCAGAAAAUCGUCGCACUCUAUCUCAUUCUGAAAGCCUGCGGGAACUUCUAUUGCGCCUCACAGUUAUGCCUGUGCCACGUGUAAACAAGGCUGCAGCACGUGCUUUGGCAAUUCUUGGUGAAAAUGAGAACCUGCGUCGAGCAAUAAGAGGAAAGCCUGUUGGGAAGCAAGGAUUGCGUAUACUGUCAAUGGAUGGUGGUGGUAUGAAGGGUCUAGCCACAGUUCAGAUGCUUAAACAAAUUGAGCAAGGAACCGGAAAGCGUAUUCAUGAAAUGUUUGACCUGAUAUGUGGUACAUCAACGGGUGGUAUGCUUGCGGUAGCUCUUGGAAUUAAACAAAUGACCUUGGAUCAAUGUGAAGAUAUAUACAAAGAGCUUGGAAAACUUGUCUUUGCUGAACCUACUCCUAAGGAUAAUGAAGCUGCAACAUGGAGGGAGAAGCUUGAUCAGCUCUUCAAAAGUUCAUCACAAAGUUUUAGAGUGGUUGUACAUGGGUCAAAACAUAGUGCAGAUCAAUUUGAAAGACUGUUGAAAGAGAUGUGUGCUGAUGAAGAUGGUGAUCUUUUGAUAGAAUCUGCAGUGAAGGGCAUUCCCAAAGUUUUCGUAGUGUCUACUCUAGUUAGUGUGACGCCAGCUCAACCAUUUUUAUUCCGGAAUUAUCAGUAUCCAGCUGGUACCCCAGAGUCGCCAUUAGGAAUGGCUGAAAGUCCAGCAGUUACUGCAAUUGGAACAGCUAUCCCUAGUGCACAAAUCGCUAGUCGGCGUGGUGCUUCUAUUGGAAGCUGCAAGCAUCGGAUAUGGGAAGCUAUAAGAGCAUCAUCUGCUGCUCCAUAUUACCUCGAUGAUUUCUCAGAUGAUGUGAAUCGUUGGCAAGAUGGAGCCAUUGUAGCAAAUAAUCCAACCAUAUUUGCCAUAAGAGAAGCACAGCUUUUAUGGCCUGAUACACGCAUUGACUGUCUAAUUUCAAUAGGAUGUGGUUCAGUUCCAACAAAGGUACGAAAAGGUGGUUGGCGUUAUUUGGAUACUGGACAAGUGUUGAUAGAGAGCGCAUGCUCUGUAGACCGGGUGGAGGAAGCGUUGGACACUCUGCUACCUAUGAUUCCUGAAGUGCAGUAUUUUCGAUUCAACCCAGUUGAUGAGCGAUGUGAUAUGGAGCUUGAUGAGACUGAUCCUGCUAUCUGGCUUAAGUUGGAAGCUGCAACAGAGGAGUACGUUCAGAAAAAUUGUGAGCUCUUCAAGAAUGUCUGUGAGCGGCUAGUUCCACGAAAUGAACAUGAAGAAAGACUAUCUGAGAAGUUGAAUAGUCAACAAUUUUCUAAAUCAAAAUCAUUCAAUUCAGGGCUUGAUGAAACAAGCCCUUCAUUAGGAUGGAGGAGGAUGGUUCUACUCGUAGAAUCUUCACAUAGUCCUGAUAUUGGAAAUACUGAUCAUCAUGCCCGAACACUUGAGAAGUUUUGUGCUAGUAACGGAAUCAGGCUCUCCCUAACAAACUGUACUUCCGGAUUCUCCAAGCCUGCAACUAGAUUUCCUACACCUUUCACGUCACCAUUAUUUACUGGAAGCUUUCCAUCAAGUCCACUUCUAUAUAGUCCUGAAUGUGGACCUCAGAGAAUUAAUCGGAUUGAUCUAGUUCCGCCUCUUAGCUUGGAUGGUCAUCCAACAGGGAAACCAUCACCCCCAACAUCUCCAUUGGUCUCAAGGCAGGCUUCUUUACAUGUUCGAUCAUUACAUGAUAAAUUGCAGGAUUUGCCUCAAGUAGGCAUUAUACAUUUGGCUCUUCAGAAUGAUUCGACAGGUUCAAUAUUAAGUUGGCAGAAUGAUGUAUUUGUGGUUGCAGAACCUGGCGAGCUUGCAGAUAGAUUUCUUCAGAGCGUUAAACUGAGCCUGUCUCCAUUGAUGCGAGGAAGACACAGAAAGGAAGCUUAUUCCUUAGCUAAAGUUUCAUCUGUAGCUGAUCUGGUUACAAAAUGGCGAUGCUUUCAAGUUGGAGGUAUCCUCCACCGUUAUAUAGGACGCCAAACACAAGUAAUGGAAGAUAACCAAGAAAUUGGUGCAUUUAUGUUUCGGAGAACGGUUCCUGCUGUUCACUUGACAUCCGAAGAUGUUCGUUGGAUGGUUGGAGCAUGGAGAGAUAGAAUUAUAAUAUGCACUGGAAAGUAUGGGCUGGCUCCAAGCCUGGUGAAGGCUUUCCUAGAUUCAGGCGCCAAAGCUGUUGUCUCAUCGUCACUCGAACCUCCUGACGUGCAGUCCAUACAGUUCAAUGUGGUGGGCGAUUACAAUGGUUUUGAGAAUGGAAGGUUUGAGAUUGGAGAUGAAGAGGCCGAGGAUGACUACGUACUGGAACCAGCAAGUCCAGCAAGUGACUGGGAAGAUAGUGAUGCAGAGAAAGGUGGUGAGCCUGUGGUCAUCUGGAAUGGUGACGAUGAAGAUCUAUCUGAGUUUGUAUGCCUAUUAUAUGACUUGUUGUUCCACGAGGUAUCAAGAGUAGAUGUUGCUCUACAACAUGCACUCCGCUCCCAUCCGAAGUUGAGAUACAGUUGCCAUUUACCAAAUAUACACUAGUAACAGCUAAAACAAUCACAUUACAUGAUAGGAUCAAUAAUAUGAGUUACAUGAUGAAGAAGCGAGAAUUUUGUUCCUUUUUUUAUUUUUUAUUUUUCAUAAUAGAGUAUGUUAGAGAAAGAUAAGAAGUGCGAUACAUUUGUACUUGUAAGUAUGCUCAUGCAGCAUAUAUGUAACCUUACACAGUUUCAGUUAAUAAAAAGCUUAGGGAGCUCUCUCUGCCCCCUAAAAUUUAGCUGAAUUUUCUCUCA